AUGCCAAAGAACAAGAAAUUCGAAUUCAGGUUCGAUCCUGUUGGCGAUAUUAUGUUGCCAUCCCUCCAAGAUUGGGACCUAUACCAACGUGUCAUCACCUUCCGCUUCUAUCGCAUCAAAGGCGAGAAGCUCCGACGCGAUGGAGUUUAUGCCUAUGUCGACAAUAUGGAAGACACCAGCAAGGUUAUAUCCUCUUUCUUCAAGCGAGUUGAUGGGAAUUAUCCCGUCUCAAGGAUGAAACUUUUCUGGGAUUAUUUCAUCCACAUCAUGAACUCCGGACCCGGUUCGCUCAACAUAGGUCGUUUCUUCCAGCUCGAAGGAGUUCUAAAGCUCAAGCUCGAAGCUGGGUAUAAACGCGAAGAAGUUGAUAUCAACGGCUGUGUCGUUGCUUGCUGGCGUCGAUAUAUCAAUGCUUUGCGUAAGGAAAACUCCAAGCUCAUGGCGCUUUUCCUCAAGAGGAUCAUUAUGCCUCAGGUCGAUAUCGUCUUCUACAACCUCAACAUUCUGAAUAAAAAGCAAAUUGUUGUAUAUCGCACUGAUGCAGAAGAUACCGAGAGCUUGGAGGUUAAUCCUGAUGACGAAUUGGAGCUCGAGCAGGGACAAGAUCUUGAGCCCGGUGGAUUUGUUGAAUAUGAAGAUGCUGAGGUUUUGGAGGCCAAUGCUGUCAAAAUUGACAAAGGAAAGGGAAAGGCUGUUACAAACGGCGAGAAGGAUCAGAAGGAGGCUCCUGAGUUGGAAGGUAUCGGAUUCGCCAAAACUAUUGAUGGAUCCGGACCAGAAUACCUAGUUAUUCCUGAGAUCGUCCGCAUCGGGACGGCAAUCCACCCUCCAAAGAACGGUGAAACGAGUAAGGGUGGCACUGUUAAAGGUACCAAGGGCUACAACAGCGGCAAGCAUAUAGAAGCUGUUCCUACCAAGCGCAAGGAUAUCCGAGACAAACCUCUUCCUGAAUUCGGGCCUCUUGCUGGUCAUACGGACCCACACGAGGAAAACCCCCCUGAGAUGGGUGUUAUUACUCAAAUGACUUCAAAUCCCCCCAUUGCGCCAAAGAACACCCGUUUCACUAUCAAAUCAACCAUCCAUGGUUGUAAGAAAUCGGUUGUUGACAUGAAGCGUAAGAUUGUCAGAGCUACAAGCUUUAAGUUCAAAGGCAAUACUUCCGAACAGCACAUUGCGGCUUUACAGAAGUAG